UUUGCAGUGACUUGGAACAACUUUCUUGACUUCCUGCAAAGAGGACGCUUUACAGCAUUUUUGGAGAAGUUAGUAAAACCGAAUCUGACAUCACUACCUAGCAGCAAGUGGUUUGUUCUCAGCAAAGGAGGAAAUUGCUCCCUGUCCGAUAAGACGCCAGUGAAGAAAGGACGCAUGCUAUAUUUCACAGGAAUACGGCUGAUUUCCAGAUAUGACCAUGUAUUUGUGGCUUAAACUCUUGGCAUUUGGCUUUGCCUUUCUGGACACUGUAGUGUUGGUUACAGGACAAGACACCUUUCCUUCCAUUCAAGGAAUGAACACAACAGAAGAGCCCUCUACUCUGCCUGCAGGUGAUCCCUUACCUGCUCACACCACUGCAUUCUCACUCACAAGCAUCUCUGAACGAGGAAAUGACUCCUCAGAGACCACGCCUCCUCCUAGCCCAGAAAGUACCACCACGGAAACAUCCCUGAACUCUUGGGAUAAUGAUAGUUCUCUUGCUGUGACAGGGGCUCCAGGAGAGAGGACUGCACCGAGCACCUUGCCUGCAGACACAUCUUUCCCACCAGUAACCACUCUCAGCCCUGCACACAGCAGUCCCGCUGCCUCACCUCCACACAUCUCCAACUCGACCACCCAAGACAAUGCCUCAGAUGUGUUCAAUGCGUCCACUACACCAUCCUCUCCGACCCCUGCAAAAGGCAUUAUCUCUACAACUGAUCUCACAACAACAGAUCCUACUACUACACAUAAGCCAUCAUGUGAAGACAAAUAUGCAGGUAUCUCUGUGCACUACGUUUAUAGCAAGGAAAAUGAAACGUAUAAUGCAACACUUAGUGAAGCGAAUGGUGUGUAUAAAAAGCAUCUCCAUGGCCUACAGGAAUGUGAAAAGAAGAAUAUCAAUAUAUCACAUCCUUCAUGUUACCCUCCAUUUGAAUAUUUAUUAGAGGUACCACCAGAUCAUAAACAUUUUCAGCUGAAUGAGUGUGUAGAACCUGAAAAGGCAAAUACUUCUCUUUGUUUAUGUUGGGAAAUCAGUAAAAAUUUUACUUGUGAUAAAAAGAAAAUAACAUAUAAAUUUAAAUGUGGUGACUUUUCUCCAUAUAAUGAAAGUGGAAGAUUUGAAAAGUUCAACCUUCAGCCCCAAAGUAAUUAUACUUGUAGUUCAGAAGUAUCUUAUAAUAACAAGAUUCUUACUAGCCAAAAUACAACUAUUAAAACAGAUUUUAGAGUUCCAGGAAUCCCUCAGAAUAUGAGGUGUUCUAACUUCAGUGCACAUAAAGGAUGGGUUACCUGGGAACCACCGGAAAAUGUUUUUCAUACGUUCACUCUUUGUUACCGGAAUCAUUCAGAAAGAUGCCACACUCUGAAUAAAACCACAAAUACAAUUAAUUUGGAAUAUUUGAAACCUUUUACAAAGUAUGAGAUAACAUUACAUGCCUCUGUCAAUGGAAGAGUGGAACGUAAUGGAACUGAUGUGAAAUGUGUAGCUGAAACAGAAGCAACACAUCCAAGCAAGGUCAAGGACUUACGUGUUUCAAGGAAGACAGAUAAUAGUAUGAAUGUGAGCUGUAAACCUCCUGACGACUUUAAUGGCCCCAAGACAGGGAAGUACCAUUUGAUAGUCAGUAUUGGAAAUAAUUCGGCUAAAAAAGAACUACAACAACAAAAGUGCAAAUUCUCGGUAGAAGGUCUUCAAUAUUCAACAGAAUAUACAUUUCAGGUUUUUUAUCACAAUGGGAAAUAUUCUGGUCAUCCAAUAAUUGUUUCACAAUCAACAUCUUAUAAUUCUAAUGCAGUGAUCAUAUUUCUGGUAUUUCUGAUUAUUGUGACAUCAAUAGCCCUGCUUGUUGUUCUCUAUAAAAUCUAUGAUCUGCAAAAGAAAAGAUCCAGCAAUUUAGAUGAACAGCAGGAACUUGUUGAAAGGGAUGACGAGAAGCAAUUGAUGAACGUGGAGCCCAUCCAUGCAGAUGUUUUGUUGGAAACUUACAAGAGAAAGAUCGCUGAUGAAGGGAGGCUCUUCCUGGCUGAAUUCCAGAGCAUUCCGAGGGUAUUUGGCAAGUUUUCUAUCAAAGAUGCUCGAAAACCCUUUAACCAGAAUAAAAACCGCUACGUUGACAUCCUUCCUUAUGAUUAUAACCGUGUUGAACUCUCUGACAUAAAUGGAGAGGCAGGGUCCAACUACAUCAAUGCCAGCUAUAUUGAUGGUUUCAAAGAACCCAGGAAAUACAUUGCUGCACAAGGUCCCAGGGAUGAAACUGUUGAUGAUUUCUGGAGGAUGAUCUGGGAACAGAAAGCCACGGUUAUUGUCAUGGUCACUCGAUGUGAAGAAGGGAACAAGAACAAGUGUGCAUUAUACUGGCCAUUGAUGGAAGAGGGCAGCCGGGUUUUUGGAGAUGUGAUUGUAGAGAUCAAUGAGCACAAAAGAUGCCCGGAUUACAUCAUUCAGAAGUUGACCAUUGCAAAUAGAAAAGAAAAAGCAACUGGGAGAGCAGUGACCCACAUUCAGUUCACCAGCUGGCCAGACCAUGGGGUUCCCGAAGACCCUCACCUGCUCCUCAAGUUGCGCAGGAGAGUGAACGCUUUCAGCAACUUCUUCAGUGGCCCUGUCGUGGUGCACUGCAGUGCUGGUGUUGGACGCACAGGCACCUAUAUUGGAAUUGAUGCCAUGUUAGAAGGCCUGGAGGCAGAGAGCAAGGUGGAUGUCUAUGGCUAUGUCGUCAAGCUAAGGCGACAGAGGUGCCUGAUGGUUCAGGUGGAGGCACAGUACAUCUUGAUCCAUCAGGCCUUGGUGGAAUACAAUCAGUUUGGGGAAACAGAAGUGAGCUUGUCUGAGUUACAUCCAUAUCUGUCUAACAUGAAGAAAAGAGAUCCACCCAGUGAGCCUUCCCCACUGGAGGCUGAAUUCCAGAGACUUCCUUCAUAUAGGAGCUGGAGGACACAGCACAUUGGGAAUCAAGAAGAAAAUAGGAGUAAAAACAGGAAUUCUAACGUCAUUCCAUAUGACUUUAACAGAGUGACACUUAAACAUGAACUGGAGAUGAGCAAGGAGAGUGAGCACGACUCAGAUGAGUCCUCCGACGAUGACAGUGACUCGGAAGAGAUGGGCAAAUACAUCAAUGCCUCCUUUGUAAUGAGUUAUUGGAAACCUGAAGUGAUGAUUGCAGCUCAGGGACCACUGAAAGAGACCAUUGGUGACUUUUGGCAAAUGAUAUUCCAAAGAAAAGUCAAGGUGAUUGUUAUGCUGACAGAGCUAAAGAAUGGAGACCAGGAAGCCUGUUCUCAGUACUGGGAGGAAGGAAAGCAAACAUAUGGAGACGUAGAAGUUCAUAUGAAGGACACCAAUAAAUCUUCAGCCUAUACCAUCCGUGCAUUUGAACUGAGACAUUCUAAGAGGAAAGAUCCACGAACUGUGUUCCAGUACCAAUUCAAUAACUGGAAUGGGGAAGAGCUGCCCGUGGAGCCCAAAGAAUUAAUCUUAAUGAUUCAGAAUCUCAAACAGAAACUUCCCAAGAAGAAUUCCACUGAAGGGAAUAAGUUUCACAGGAAUGUGCCUCUCCUCAUUCACUGCAGAGAUGGAUCUCAGCAAACAGGAGUAUUUUGUGCUUUGUUAAAUCUCUUGGAAAGUGCAGAAACAGAAGAAGUGAUAGAUGUUUUUCAAGCAGUAAAAUCUCUACGCAAAGCUAGGCCGGGAAUGGUUCCCACAUUUGAGCAAUAUCAAUUCCUGUAUGACGUCAUUGCUAGCAUCUGCCCUGCCCAGAAUGGGCAGGUGAAGAAAAACAACCAACAAGAAGAUAAAAUUGAAUUUGAUAAUGAAGUGGACAAAGCGAAGCAGGAUGCUAACUGUGUGAAUCCACCUGGUGCCCUGGAUAAGACUCCUGAAGGAAAUAAAGAGGAUGAAAGUUCUAAACCCACAAGUGGCCCUGAGGGGCCAGGACAUUCUGCCAAUGGUCCAGCGAGUCCAGUUUUAACUCAAAGUGCAUAGGAAAAGGCAAACAUGGGGCAACCCAAAACCUCACAUUAAAUGUUAUUUCUAUUUUUCUAGAACUAGAAAGGCAAAAUAGAUAUACAAUGGAUUAAUGAAGGGCAUGGACAAAUAUUUGUGGGAAGUUUCUAUUUUACAACUGUAGAAAAAUAUUUAAGACAGUUUAGCUGAAGCAUUUUGUACAGUCUUAUACUUAUUUUAAAUUUUAUCCAUCAUUCAGCAGAAAACAACUUCUUUGUAGUCUGUGUGUGUGUGUGUGCAUGUGCGUGUGUGUGAGAGGCAGACAGGCAGACAGAAGCAAAGAGGCAGAGAAAGAGAGAGAGAGAAAGAGGAUGAUUUCAAGUAAAUCUAAAUGCUCUUGAGAAACUUUGCUUUUUUGGUUUUUUUUUUUUUUAAGAAACAUAACAUUUUAUACGGAAAAUAUUAACUUUGCUCAAAGGUUGUAUUUUUUUAAAUCAUAAAUUGUGUGUGAGCUCUGUGUAAGAAUAACAUGUACAUUUCUAGAAUGACCUCAAGAUGGCCUCCUUGUUCUACUGAAAUAUAUCUUAUAAUUUACUAUGUUACUUCUAGAAAUAGACAUAAAAUAGUAGGUGUGUAUAGUUACUAUAAGAAAGUUAACUAAAUUAACAUUUGGAAAUCUUAUAUUCCAUAUGCUAGCAUUUAGUACAAUAUCUCAAGCUUAUUUAAUCUAAUUUAAAAUUUCAGGAAAACCUAUCUUGUUAUCUUCAUAUGGUGUUUACGAUUUUGCAACAUGGAUUGUUCUCUGUAUAAUAUGUGAAAUUCAUUGCUUGAUACUUUUGACCCCAAAUUAUAUGUUUGUUACAGUUGAACUUAAAUAAACAUCUUUAAACAAGCAA